CCGGAAGUCCUAAGACUCCUAACAUCUGAAACUGAGGAGAGACAGGAUCUAUUGGGGAUCGGUACUUCGGCUGCCAUGAACAAUAUCUUCGCGAAAUUGAGAAAUUUAGAUGCGUAUCCAAAGAUCAAUGAAGAUUUCUACAGUAGAACACUUUCCGGUGGUGUUAUUACAGUUAUUUCAUCUAUCUUAAUGAUAUUGCUUUUCAUUUCUGAACUCAGAUUAUAUAUCAAUUCAAUGACUCAUACGGAACUUGUUGUAGACACAUCUAGAGGAGAAACUCUUCGUAUCAAUUUUGAUGUCACUUUUCCAGCCCUUCCGUGUUCGAUUCUCAGUCUUGAUGCGAUGGAUAUUAGCGGGGAACAACAUCUUGAUGUGAAACAUGAUGUAAUCAAGAAUAGGAUAGAUGCCAAUGGAAAUAUAAUUGAGACGAAGAAGGAUGGCGUUGGUGUACAUAAGAUGGAAAAGCCGUUGCAGAAACAUGGUGGCAGGCUUGAACACAAUGAGACAUAUUGUGGUUCAUGUUAUGGCGCAGAAACAACGGACGCAGAUUGUUGUAACUCGUGUGAAGAAGUUCGUGAAGCAUAUAGGAAGAAAGGUUGGGGGAUGUCAAAUCCAGAUGAGAUUGACCAGUGCAAAAGAGAAGGUUUCCUCCAAAAGAUUAAAGAUGAAGAAGGCGAAGGAUGCAAUAUUUAUGGAUUCUUAGAGGUGAAUAAGGUGGCUGGAAAUUUUCAUUUUGCGCCUGGUAAGAGUUUCCAGCAGUCAAAUGUUCAUGUACACGAUGUGACGGCUUUUCAGAAGGAUUCCUUUAAUAUAAGUCACAAAAUCAAUAAAUUAUCUUUUGGAGAAUCUUUCCCUGGUGUUGUGAAUCCGCUUGAUCGGGUACAGUGGACGCAAAAGACUCCUACUGGGAUGUUUCAAUAUUUUGUCAAGGUUGUUCCUACGGUUUACACAGACAUAAACAAUCACACUAUCCAAUCAAAUCAGUUUUCUGUAACAGAGCAUUUCAGACACGCAAUAGUUGGUCAACCUCAUUCAGUACCGGGUGUAUUCUUCUUUUACGACUUAUCUCCAAUCAAGGUUACUUUCACGGAGCAACAUGUGUCAUUCUUACAUUUUCUAACAAAUAUUUGUGCAAUAGUUGGAGGUAUGUUCACAGUUUCUGGUAUAUUAGAUUCGUUCAUAUAUCAUGGUCAGAAAGUGAUAAGAAAGAAAAUGGAAAUAGGAAAGUUUAGUUAGUAUGUCCAAGCAGCACAACAUUGUCAUUGCUCCUUUACUCAAUUUUCGAGUCGAUGAAUUCCGGUUCAUGUUGAGGUGUGGACCAUUUGGUAAACCAACUUGAAAGACCGCAAAUUCUCAUGAUAGCUUACCAGGCAGCAGUUGCUCACAGCUAAAUGUUAAUUGUUCGCGAAAUUGGUACAUUUUGUCAGUAGUUGUCACGCCCCCUUCUGUUUUUCGGUUUUCUAGCCCAGCUCAUACCAUUAACGAGGUCUUAUACUAAGUUAGAGAUCAGUUAUGUUCACAACUUAUGUCAGUUCAAAGGUUAUACGGAUUUUUGUGUGUAACUUAUCAGUUAUGUGGGUCGUUGAUCUUCCAAGCAGCACUAUUGAUUGAUGUAAAGAGAGAAUCGAUAAGGUUGAUGUGGCGCUGACAUGUUUCUGACGCAGAGUUGUUUGUUUUUGUCUUACAUUCCA